AUGAAAAAAACUGAACAAAACUAGUUAAUUUAGCUUUAAAAUCUCGAUAAACUAGUCAUUCCUUCGAUCCUUGCAAGAUUAGAACUACUAAAUGGGUCAGUAAUAAGCAAGAAAUAAAAUAAUAAGUAGGGGAAAUUAAGUCAAGGGGGAGUUGGAGUAAAUUCCUCUCAGACUUUUUUAAAUAAGGAUAGCAGCAUGAUUAAGAAUCUGGUAUAAAAUAAUACUAGAAACCAGCUGAUCUAGUUUAAGUAGAACUUGCCCAUCAAUUAACAUUAGACAAGUAAUCCUUCCUCAUAGAACCUCAUCACAAUAGGCCCAAAUACUUCUUUUUAAAUAAACAAGAACUUGCAGCAAGUGGCGACAAACUAAGAUCUAAAUCAAAAUCUACUUUAGACUCCAUUGAUUAAUAGCAAUUACCCAAAUUACGGGUCAUCUUCAUCAGCCUAUAUAUUAAAUGCCAAAAAUUCUAAUCCGUAUUGGGAGAAAUAAAGUAGAAAUAUACUUAAUCGCAAAUCAAUCCAAAAUAAUUCCAUAUCUGGAUCCCUUAACAUGAAUCAAAACGGAUUGGAUCAAAUGUUCUAGAGCAUAUAGAAUAUAUAGUCUCGUCGAGAUUCAAGUCUAAUGAAUCUUCUUCCAGAUAAAAUAUCCGAUAAACUCCAAAGUAAUAAUCUCUACAAGAAAUAGUUUGAAACUCUGAGCAAUAUAUACGGCUUGAACCAAAGCUAGAAAUCACUAAAUCGAAAGAAGUUUCUGAAUUAAACUUAAGUUGAAGCAUCAUCUAAAAGAAAAGAUUAAAGCUCAAAUUAAUCUAGGUAUAACAGCAGAAACAACUCAGAUUCAAUUAGAUCACAAAAGAAUCAUUAGAUUGAAUAGUCUAGAAUUAAUGAUUUAAAGAAUAAUGAGUCCUAAAACAUCUAUAACUCAUAUACUUAAUACCCAAAGUUUGUUAAGAUAAGCAGCAAGAAUUAGCGAAAAAUAGAAAUAUCAUAACUAUAAAACAAAUUAAAAAGCAAAUAGGAUACUAGAUUAAAAGAUCAGCAGCAACUGAAUUUUGACAUGUCAUAGUUCAUGAAGAGCAUGACUAUAAGUAAAAUUCACUAGCGUAAAAAUAGGGGUAAUAGCACUGAGGGCAGUAAAAGAUUCCAAAACUAAGCUAAACUGGAUAACCGAAAUAGACAGUCUUUGGAGAGCUCUCAUUCGCCUCAAUAAAAUAUGCUUCAAUCUUUUUAGUAAAGAAGCCACUCCUUUAAAAUUAAAAGGUACAGCGAUAACAACAACUUAAAUUUCAUAGAUGUUCCUAGAGGAUAGACUAGAAAGAUUCUCAGAAAUUUCAUGAGUUAAACAUAAAAUCAGACUAUCAUGCCUCAAAAGUUUUAGAAAGACCUUAAUACCUCAAUUAAAAAUAGUGGAUCGAAAUUAUAAAAUAGAAAAGGCAUAAUUUCUAUACAAGAAUCUUCUCAUGCAUCACUUCAGGUAGAAUUCGAAAAAAUUAAACUGCAAGCAACACAAUAAUUCAUUAACUUAAAAAGAGGUUUAACUGAUGGCUCGGACAAGGAAAAGUUAAUGAAUGAGCCUACUGUUUCUUCAGAAUAACUUCUUGGAAAGUAGAUUACAGAUUUUGAGCAAGAUAACAAUAUUUAAUAAAGAUCUGUGUUUUACCAAGAUGAUCUUGAAGUUGAAUCAAUAAGAUCGAGAGAAGAGAUUGCGUUCGGGGAUCUAAGUUUCUAUGAGGAAAGUUUUAGAAAUUUCAUUGAUAGUAAAUCCAAGCCCUAAGAAAAUAUAUAUACAAACUCCGAUUUAAUUGAUAAUAGACACAGAAAGUGUGAAAGUUUCGGAGUCCAAUAACACAGUUCAGAAAGGAAAUAAAGAGAAAUUAAUCAUAAAGACAAUUCACACUAUGGACCUUACGAAGAACUUAUUCAAACUUAGAUUAAAAACUCUGAUUAAUCAAAUUUUAACAACCAAAAUCUGAUGACUCCUUGCUUCAUUGCUUCGCCUUAAAAUUUGGGAGUGAUUUAGAACGCAUUAUAUUAGGAUUCUAGCAAAUAAAAAUAGAAAAUAAACUUGAGGAUACUAGGUGCGAGAUAUAAUAAUCUAGAAUCUUCAGAUAGGUAACAAAUAGACACAGAAGGCAAUGAAAGUGAAAGUUUCUAGAAUGAUUUAGAUUGGCAUCAAAGUGAGUAUGAGAAUAUGCAUUAUCGAGAUCAUAAUGAACCAGAAAGAGAGAGUUCUCUUUAGGAAUCUUCCUACAACAAUCAUCAGGAAUCUUCAAUUAUAGAGUCUGAAGAUUUAGACUAUGAUGAUUAGUUGUUUAAGAAUGAACUCAGACGGAUAAAAUAAAUUCUUAUGCCUACUUAUAAACAUGUAGAUAAAAAAGGAUAAAUUGCUUAAAAAGGUUGCCAAAUCAAAGGCUAAAUAAUAAACAAUCAUAAUAACUUCAACUUGAUUUACCUUCCGAAUAAAAAAGCUGAUUCAAAGAAAUCAUAAAAUCAAUAUUAAAGGCCAGAAAAAGCUAGUAGUUCUCAUUAAUAAGAGGAUUAAGUACCUCAAAUGCCCAAUAUUAACAAUUUUUUAGCUGAGAAUUUUCAAUGA